CAAGUUUUAUCUUGUACUGAGCCCUCUUACUUGCCCGCUCUAUAUUUUCCUCAUAACUGGAAGGGCGAAGACUGAGGUAACCCGUAUAAUCUUACACACAAAGUCUCAGAUUCCAAUUAUUGAACGUGUUGCUGGGAUCACCCGCUUGUGAUCACAGCUUAUGUCGUCACCUCUACGCUGUCGGACUCAUGUACAAGCAGGUCGCCGUCCCGAGGAAAUCCUAGAAGAGGAACCCAAAGGAUUGGAUGAUAUCGAACCAAAGAACCCUUCUUCGUGGUGGCAUCUGGAUGCGUCUGCUUCGGAAUGGGAUAUCUUCAUCCUCUCGACAUCAUUGAAGCUCCUGCUCUUCCCAGCAUAUCGUUCUACGGAUUUCGAGGUCCACCGGAAUUGGUUGGCAAUAACACAUUCUCUGCCCUUGUCUCAAUGGUACUACGAUACCACCUCAGAGUGGACCUUGGACUAUCCUCCGUUCUUUGCUUACUUCGAGAAGCUACUCUCGAUUCCAGCAGCCUUCAUUGACAGGCGUAUAGUCGAUUUGAACAACCUGAACUACGGCGCUUGGUCGGUCGUGGCUUAUCAACGUACCACUGUGAUCGUGGCGGAGUUAGUCCUGGCAGCGGUCGCGUUAAAGUUUGUUCGAGGGGCAGUGGACCCACUCAUGCAGAGAAUCGUGUCUGCUUCACUAGUUUUGCAUCCAGGGUUCCUCAUUGUGGAUCAUAUACACUUCCAGUACAACGGGUUUAUGUUCGGUAUCCUACUAUGGUCGAUUUACAUGGCACGUCAAGGAGACAAACUAGCCAGCGGAUUUCUGUUCGCCGUUCUGCUUAAUUUCAAGCAUAUCUACAUGUACUUGGCUCCAGCCUACUUCGUAUAUCUGCUACGCUCUUUCUGUAUGUCCCCUCAAGGACAGCUGCUCCCCCGCAAUUUCCUGUUGCUAGCCAAUAUUGUACUGGUCGUCUUCGUGGUCUCCUUGGGUCCCUUCAUCUUGAUGGGGCAGUUGCCGCAACUACUCUCGAGGUUAUUCCCAUUCACUCGGGGCCUUAAUCACGCUUAUUGGGCGCCGAAUGCUUGGGCCCUCGUUACAGCCGCUGAUCGAGUCCUUCUGCAUAUCGUCAAGCAAACUGGAGUCAAGCUUGCUCUGAAUGCGUCCGGCGUGGCUUCGACAUCUAGGGGACUAGUCGGCGACACAGUCUUUGCUGUGUUGCCAAACGUCAAGCCUAUACAUACAUUCUUAGUCACAUUGCUAUCCCAAACGGUAUUCCUUGUGAAACUAUCGCGCGUGCCUACGUACAAGUCCUUCCUCGGAGCUCUGACUCUCUGCGGAUACACGUCUUACAUGUUUGGCUGGCACGUACACGAGAAAGCCAUUUUGCUGGUCUUGGUACCACUAAGUCUACUUGCUCCCGAAAGCUACGCUUAUUUCAGAACGUUUACCAUUGCCAGCGCCGCUGGCGUCUUCUCGCUGUUCCCAUUGCUUUUCACCCCUGCCGAGAUAUUUGUCGAAGUUCUGUGCAGCAUUCUCUGGGCGACCUUGAUUUUCGUGCCACUCAAUCGGCGUCUGUACGAAUUUCCGAGAUCCCUGCCAUCUGUAAUAAUGGACCUGCUGGAGAAGCUAUACCUCGCCGGCUUCCUAUUGCUGCAGGUACUCGUUAUGGCCCUUCCGGCCUUGGAGGCGUGGAUUACAGGCGCAAGGCAGGCAACCGGAGCCACAAAAUGCAUUGCGGGGGAGUUCUCUUGUCCGGAACCAGAUCCCGCACAGAUUACGAAGUCGGAGGCGUCCAACCUCGCCUUCCUGCCCCUUAUGAUGACCAGCGUUUACUGCGCUGUGGGUUUAGUCUGGGCUUUCCUACGCUUAUCGUUUAUAUAUCUCAGACAGGAGUAA